AUGACGCGCACUCGAUCGGCAUUCUUGCGCGGCGCGGCCGCAGCCGCCGGACUUUGCCUGGCUCUCCAUGCGGCCCGCGGCUUCGUCGCCCCACGAGGCACUGGUGCCGAGCUGCGCACGGAGGAGCUCCGCGGCGCUGUCAGGCCCCUGUCCGCUGCGGCUGGCGAGCAGAGCCCCGCGUCGCUGGUGGCCCCAGCGGCCACGGCAGCGGCGGUGCCGGGUGCGUUCUCGGGGUCCACGCUGCUCACGGCUGGGCUCUUCACGGCCCGCAGCAUGGUCAGCGUCUGCGCGCAGGUGGCACGCCAUGCCAAGGCGCCCGUCAGCGAAUUCGGUGCUCCCACCGGCGCCAGAAACUUCCAGGAAAUGGCCCUUGGCUUCACCACCGACAUCGCCAAGAACAACUUGGGAGAGUCUUUCUACAGGCCCUGGGUGCCCUUUGUGACGACCAUCUUCCUCUUCAUCUUUGUGAGCAACUGGUCCGGUGCCCUGAUCCCUUGGAAGCUCUUCGAGAUCCCGGCAGGUGAGUUGGCGGCCCCGACCAACAACAUCAACACCACCGUGGCCCUCUCCCUGCUCACCUCCCUGGCCUACUUUGGAGGUGGCCUGGCCAAGAAGGGUCUCGGCUACUUCGCCCGCUACGUGAAGCCGACACCCAUCCUGCUGCCCAUCAACAUCCUCGAGGACUUCACCAAGCCGCUGUCCCUGAGCUUCCGACUUUUCGGAAACGUCGUCGCGGAUGAGCUGACCGUGGGAGCACGGUUCUGGAAUCUCGGCACGAGGGCCGUUGCGUGCACGACCACAGGUGACAGCUUGUCACGGCACCGGGCGGCCACCGCUACCAAAGCUUUGGACGGCUGCACCCGCCAAUCCAAGGCGCAGAACCUGGCCAUUUUGGUUGCAGCAUGCGCCAAAACGAUGCAGGAGCUCGAAGGGGGCAUCGACAGAGUUCAAGCUGCUGGCAUCACCUCCACCGUGGCCCUUGCGGAGCGCCGGCUUUCCAAAAGUGCAGAGGAGGGCAAAGGAAAUGGCAGCAAGACUAGCGACGAGCAGCCAAGCGGCGCGCGCUUGGCCGAGUUCCGCGCUUUCCAGCGCCAGUACCUGACAGUUUACACCAUCAUCAUGGGUGCAGACUGGCUUCAGGGGACGAACAUGUACACACUCUACCAGAGCUACGACGUGGACAUCAGCACCUUGUUCGUGACAGGCUUCACCUCAUCGGCUAUUUUUGGAACGAUCGUUGGCAUGUAUGUGGAUAUCUGGGGCCGCAAGCUCGGUUGCAUCGUGUACUUGGUGAUCGAGGUAGUUGUGAAUGUCUUCGAGCACUUCAACAACUUUCCGCUGCUGCUCGCCGGCCGCGUCCUCGGUGGAGUGGCUGACGCGAGCGAUGAGGAGGGAGCCCUGCCGUCGGGGCAGCACUUCGGCUAG